CAGCGCAGGCCCGGGGGCAGAGCAGGCCCGGGGGCAGCGCGGCCCGCGUUCCGCGCCGCGGCCGGCACAGCCACGGGGCCUUCCCUGGGGACAGCGAGCCCGGCCGCGUUCGGGCUGCUGGGACCCCCCCAAACGUGCUUUUUGCCGUGACCGGAGAACAAAAUGAGCGGUGGGGGUUGGAAAGGACAACGAUGAACAUGAGCUGUUUUACGUGUAGUAAAAAAUACCAGCAGAUGUGUGGAUGUGGGGCUAGGAGCUGGGCUUUGGCCUGUGGUGUCCCCAGGGGCAAGUCCUGCAAAUAGCCCACUGCCGUGCUUUAACUUCUGCUUUGAACUGCUCUGAGAGGGUUCCCUGGUAUUAGUCACAUCCCUGGAGCUGUCUGCCACCAGUUUCACAGCCGAUCACCCAGUUUUGGGAGGCACACAGAAACCAGAGGAUCUUGCACUCAGAAACACAACCCAGUGAUGGGGUCUCCAUCUGUGAACUAGUCUGUGAAAGAACAGUCUGCUCUGGCGUGAGCUGUAGAUAGUGAAAAUAGGUGAUUCGUGGAAACUAAGUGGUAGUUGCCAAACCCUGCUUCUCCCCAGUCCUGUGAUCACAGUGUGGCAGCCAGGAGCCAUUAUCUUGGGCUGUGGUUCUUGGUCCCAGGCUGGCAAAGAGGGCAGAAAACGAAAAAUAACUAAUGAAAUAACACCAUUGGACUCAAUAAGUAAUUUUGCCCAUGACUUCUUUGAAAUGGAAGAUUACUAUUUUAGGAAAAAAAAAAUCUUAGUGACUUAACAAGAUCCCUACAUUGCUCUAGUAAAUUUAUUUCCAGUAAAAAAAAAGGCCAGAGAAAACUUUUUAAAUGUUCCCAGAUCAUUAAAUAGAUUAUUUCAUUUUUAGAAACAAUCAAAUAAAAGUACUUAUAUUGUCAUUUGAAUCCAAAUAUUGUUAAUUUUUUAAAAUUUUACCUCCUUGGACCUCUUCAGCCAAUUCAAAUUCAGGGGUUGUUUUCCCAUGUGUUAAGUUAGUUUGCAUUUCAUCUUGUGGACAUCACAUCAGGAAGUUAAAAGCAGACCAGGGAGAUAGGGAUACACACAUGUAGGAUUUUUGCUGUUCUGUAAGUACUGAAACCUCAGCUGCAUUUUUUAAAUUCAUUGGAAAUCAUCUUUAUUUGUGGUAUUCCUGAAAGAAAGAAUGAGACCUCUAAAGACAUAAAAAAGAGGAAAAAUAUGAUUGAAGAUACCUCACUUUUUGUUUUGAGGUCAACUAAGCUAUUUACUUUUCUGCACUUUAAUUACUUUCUUGCUCUUCCAAGAGAUGAAAAAUCUUGGGAUGUUCAAUGUACUGCUGGCAGAACUCUCUAUGAAACUUUCUCUCUCUUCUUAAGCAAUAUCAGAGGAAGAAAUCAAAGUACUAAUUUCAGUUAGCUCAGAAGAAAAACAGAAUAUAACUAUUAAAUUGUUACAAUAUAAAUAUAUAUUUAUUAUAUAAGCCAGAGUUUUGAAUGGUGCCGAAGCAAAUACCCCCUAAAAAAACCUGGCAGUCACACAGAGAUAAUUGAUUGCUGCUGUUACUUGAAAAUAGAGUAAUUGCUAGUUACAGGAGGAGUGCUAAAUCUUGGAGACCCCUGCUUGGAUAGAAGGCUUCCAUAAAGCUUAGUCUGACAACUCUGUACUCUUGUAAUUUCAUACAUGAAAAAAAUAUUUUGCAAAAGUUUGGGCAACAAAUCAUUCAUGGUGUGUCUACAUUGUCAUAGUUCUCAACUCCUGAAUCACUAAGUGUGAAGAGAGAGAGAUAUUAAGCAAUAUAAUGCACAGAGGAAAAGGUCUUUUUGGCAGCACAUGGCCAACUCAGGGCUUCUGGACAGGAGAGAAUUUAUUUUUUAUUAUUUUUUGUUAGAACUGCAAAACUGUCCUUGCUGACACAUAUAUAGUAAAGAAACAUAAAUUUAUCUUGUUUUUGAAGGCAGUGUUGCAUAAAGUCUUAGGGUUGUUCCUGAUUGUCCUGAGAUGCAUUUAUCUUUGCAUCCUCAUGUAGGACAGCAGUCAGCAGGAAUGAAUGUGGCCAUAUUGUAAUUAAUUGCUCUAAUUAGUGCUGUAUCUUUUUUUUCACAUUUGACAUAAAUUUGCCUUGAGCAACAUGCCCUUUGACCAUUGGUUCACCUGAGCUUGAAAUCAAGUUAGUAGAAAGCUCUGUUGGAUACUUACCUAAGUACUGCCAGAUGAGAGAGAAUUUCAACAUGCUGCUAAAAUGAACAAUUUGGAUACCAUGGAAAAGCUGUUUAAAAAGAAUGUGAACAUAAAUGCUGUAGAUGCUCUGAAGCGCACAGCAUUCCAUUUUGCUGUUGCGGGAGGCCAUGUGUCCGUGGUGGAUUUUCUUCUUCAUCACAAAGCUAGACUUGACAUGGCAGAUCAGCAUGGCCUGACAGUGAUUCAUCUUGCAGCCUGGACUGGAAAUCUGGAUAUAAUACGAAAACUAGUUAAAGCAGGUGCUGAUCAGAAGGCUAAAAAUGAGGAAGGAAUGAACGUACUGCAUUUUGCAGCUCAGAGCAACAGCAUUAAAAUAGUUGAUUAUUUCCUCCAAGAUCUUCAUCUGAAUGACUUGAACAAACCUGAUGGGAAAGGUAAAAAGCCAUUUCUUCUGGCCUCUGAAAAAGGCCAUGUUGACAUGAUAAAAAAUUUGAUUGCUCUGAAGCUAUUUACAUCUGAAAAAGAUAAGGAGGGAAACACAGCAUUGCAUUUAGCAGCCAAAAAUGGUCACAGUGAAGUUGUGGAAAUUCUGCUUGAACAAUGGGAGGAAAUAAAUGACUUCAAUCAGAAUGGAGAAACUCCAUUUUACUUGGCUGUUGAAGGAGGUCAUGAAAAAUGUGCUGAGCUCUUACUGGAGGCAGGGAGUGACAUCAAUAUUUCAACUCAGAACAAUAGCAGUGCUUUGCAGGUUGCAAUUCAGAAUGGACAUCUAUCCUUGGUUACUUUUCUGAUUGAUAAGAAUAUUGACCUGGUUCCUAAACCCGAGCAGAAGAAUUCCGCUCUCCAUUUAGCAGUUCUCAGUAAUAAUCUACUGAUAGUAAAAAGCCUUUUGGAUGCCAAUCACAACAUAAACUCCUUAAAUCACAGGCAGGAAACCCCUCUACAUCUGGCAGCUGAUCUUGGCAAUGUGGAGUUGGUGGAAGUGCUGCUGAAGUCAGGCUGCAAUCUCAAAACCAUGGAUAAGCAUGGGAAAACUGCACUAGCCAUAGCAUCAAGGAGCCAUCAUGCCCUCAUUGUAGAUAUGAUCAUUAAAGCAGAAAGGUAUUUUGCCAUGAAACAGACACAUCUAGCUCAUAGUGGUAAUGGGUCAGACUUCAGUGUGUCCUUCAAACAAGAUCACAGCACACAGACCAAGCAAAUCCGUUCCUCCCUUUGGAAUCUCGCAUACAACCAGUUAAAACCCCAUGAAUGGAAAAAACUGGCUUUGUUCUGGAAGUUCACAGAUGAACAAAUUAAAGCUAUUGAAGAACAGUGGACAGGGAAAAAAAGUUACAAGGAACACGGGAACAGAAUGUUGCUCAUCUGGUUACAUGGUACACUGCUGGCUCAUCAGAAUCCUGUUAAACAUCUAUAUGAAGAUCUGGUGGGAGCAGGACUUCAGCCUUUAGCUGAGAAGAUCAGAGCUUCAGUUUGCAUUGGCAUGGACUCCAGGAAAUGUGUCAUUUCAUGAGUUCAUCAACAUAACAUGGCACAUAUGAUGGAAUUACAAGCCAGAAGGAAAGUGGCUUUCAAAUAUCUUUUUGGGAAACAAAAACCAUUUUUUGAAGCUGUACAACUUUUUCUACCCUAGAAGAACUUGCACUCCUGAAAUGGUUACUUUUUUCUCAAAUGCUUGCUAAACAGAAAUGUAAAAAAAUUAAGAAUUAAUGGCUGACUGGUAGCUUAUAACUGCUAAGUAAGAUUCACCACUUACAAUUUCUACAUCUGACCAAACACUGAUAAAGCUAUUCUGUAUUGGAACUGCAAAUUAAACUACUUUGUGUUUGAUGUGAAAUGUAAAUAAGAUGUUUCCUACAUGAAAAAAAUUAAAUUUAGUAAAUGAAAGUUAUGCGUAUAAAUCAACUAACACUUGGCAAAUAAGCUGGCAUCUGGCCUCAUUUGGGAUUCAGGUUUUUAUGAAUUCUUGCUAGGAUUAUGACAAAUCUUUCUGCUGCAACAUUUGAUUUAAGUAGUGAAGAAACACAAAAAUGUCUUGUGUAAACACCACGUGUGGCUGGCUGCAGAAUUUUCCAUCAUGGUCUAACACUGUAUACAUACCCUCAUAAGAGCAUUUGAUAUUUAAUACUUCACACAUCUAGCAAUUAUAUACUUAUUUAUUGUUUAUAUUUUGAAUUAAUUUUUGGUAGUGUCCUGCUGACUGUUUAAAGGCUUUCUUAUUACUGAACGUAUUUAAUACCUGAAAAAUUAUGUAAACGUCUUAGUGAUCUUUAUAACAUAGCAAUAGUUUUAUCGUGUAAUGUAGGAAUUGAAUUGCCUUUUCUAUUUGCAUAUAGUUAGCAUUAUUUAGAGCUGAAUCCUACUGUUUAUACUAGAAAAGUCAUCUGCACCUUCGUCUGAAGUCUUACUCCAAACUGCCCACCUGUUUGCAAGCUUCUUUGACUCUGCUGCAGAGCAUCCCAGGAAUAUGAAGAACAGACCAGUAAAUCAUAAAAGUUUUGGAAUUAGGGAUCUAAAAUAUAAAUGCUUGGAACCCUACAGUAUUCAUCAAAUUCUACCACAUUAGCUUGCAAAAUGAAAAUGUUUAAGAAUUUGAUGGACUCACCUAGCACCUCACCUAGCCUAAACUGGACCGUGGGUGAGGAGGAUGCUACCCUGCUGUUCUCCAUUUAAAUACAGUGUUGCAGGAUAUAAUUAAGGUU